AUGUCCCAAAACCGUCUCCCAGGCUCCACCCGCGGCGGCGCCAGCGCCCAACCCACACCAGCCAACAACUCCGGCGGAGGCAGUGGCUGGGGCGACGAGGGCUAUCCCAAGGGAGGAGGUCUAGGAACAGCGAACCAGACGACGUCGUCGGACGAUGGGGUUCCUUCCGAAAUUCUCACCCCGCCUGCCUUGCAAGGCAUCUCGCAGCAAAAGCAAGCCGCAGAGCAAAAGUUCAUGAGUCGGUGGGAUGAAGGACAUGAUCAGCGAGAGGGAACUUGUGCUACGGAAGAUCAUAGCUUCAUGGGCACGAAGCCUGGUGGGUCGGAUGCGUUGCCCGGUUGGAAUGUGCUGAAGGAUAAGUUGGGAUUUCUUUAUCCGGAGUAA